GUGAAAUAGAGAUAGUUGUACCGAAUAAGUCGGACAAAAUCAGGAUCAUGGGUGGUUCACAAUGUGGUGCCACUGGUAAGCUUAUUGGUGUUGAUGGGACUGACGGUAUUGUGAAAGUUGAUGAUGAUACUCUUGAUGUUAAAAUACUAGACAUGGUCGUUUUGGGCAAGUUAGCGCAUGCAUAGUGGUCCAUAGCAAUAGUUUGAACUGUAUUUCAUGUGAUGUUAAUCAUGAAUCAGUCUCUGUGAAUCUUUCCUUCAGAUUUUUAUGGUCCUUCAUAUACUUGGCUCUGUUACGUAAUAGAAAGGAGGAUAUUAAUGCA